GGACAUGGCAGUCAAACUGCUGCGUAGAACGAUGCACCGAAUCCGGCAGCAUCGCGAGAAGCUUUCCCAGUACAAUACUGUUGAUGACGCUGUGCGUCUGAUAGCUUCUGCUCGCAAGAUUAUGGUCGUGACGGGCGCAGGGAUCUCGGUUUCCUGCGGUAUCCCCGACUUCCGGUCCCCUACAGGGCUAUAUGCAAGACUGAAAGGGUUCGAGCUCGAUGACCCGCAGCAGAUGUUUGAUAUCGACUACUUUAAGAUGUAUCCUGAAGUUUUUUAUUCGUUUGCGUACCAGAUAUACCCUUCUAAUUUUGUCCCUUCUCCUUGCCACCGUUUUGUCAAAUUGUUAGAGGACCGCGGUGCGCUGCUGCGGAAUUAUACCCAGAACAUUGAUAAUAUCGAGGGCAUUGUUGGCAUCAAACGGCUAUUUCAAUGCCAUGGCUCCUUCGCUACGGCAUCUUGUAUUGUCUGCCGUCAUACGGUACCUGGGAGCACUAUCGAGGACCACAUAUUCGCUAAAACAAUACCAUUCUGCGAGGUUUGUACCAAACGUACGGCAGCGUUAAAGUCAAGCAAGGGCCCAAAUAAAGGGAAACGGAAAGGGAAGUGGGACGAUGACGAGGAAGGCGAGAACAGUGAAUGUCAUCUUAUGAAGCCUGAUAUCACUUUUUUCGGGGAGAAAUUGGCUUCAAAAUUUGACGAUCUUCUAAGGGAAGACAUGGGCUCUAGGGAGUUUGAUCUUCUCCUCAUCAUUGGGACUUCUCUCAAGGUUGCUCCAGUUGCAGAUAUUGUAUAUCGGAUACCUCAUUCAAUACCUCAAAUCCUGAUCAACAAGACACCCGUGGUACACGCAAACCCUGAUGUCGUUCUCCUAGGAGAUGCCGAUACAAUCGUGCAGCACCUCUGCUGGUGCCUUAAGUGGCAAAUUCCCCCACCUCCCCAUGCAGAUAACAGCGUUCCGAACAAUGAAGUAUUCAAUAAGGGCAGCGUGGCGUCGUUAUUUGAUGAGAACGAUGGGAUGAAUAGGGUCCCCACAAGGUUGGGUAACAGUCACUUUUGGCUAUUUCAAGGAGCGGAACCGGGCCCUAUUCUAAAUAGAGUGGGCACAGGUGUUGCCAAAGAAGGAAGUGCCGCGAAUGCAUCUACUGUCGAUGGGGAUACCACUCCUGCUUCUUUGGCUCAACCAGCCCGGCCGCGAUCUGUCUCGGCCUCUUCAAGCCUUAGUUCUCUAUCAUCUUUAGAGUCGUUACCACCGCCUAAGUCUCUACCACAGCGCACGGCAGUCCGUUUCGAUAUCGUCACGCAUAAGAGCCGCCGCGAGCAUGCAAGGGGUCAGAAACGACUCCGUCGGAAUUGAAAUUGAUCGCUGCCCAUUUUUAGCAAGUUGUCAGAUGAAGGGAUGGGGAAUCUAUCCAAUUUCACCUCGUGUUCAUGGAUUUUGAAAUCUGAUGACGGAAUGGUCAUUUCCUGUCAAAGCCUAUGCGAGAUGUGGAGUGAUGUAUGCCGUUUGCUGCUUUUAAUGUCAACCAGGGGUCCUUG